AUGAACAAGCACACCAUUCUGGUCGCGGCCGCGUUGGCGCUCGGCGCCGGAACGGCCCAUGCCGAAACGUUCAAAUGGGCGGCACAGACCGACCCGCAGACCAUGGACCCGCAUGCCGUCAACUCGGCGCCGGUCCUGGGUUUUCUCAACAAUGUCUAUGAGGGCCUUGUCCGGCGCGGCAAGGACAUGAGCGUGGAGCCGGCGCUGGCCGAAAGCUGGGAGCCGCUCGGCGGCAAUGGCUGGCGCUUCAACUUGCGCCGCGGCGUCACCUUCCACGAUGGCGCGGCCUUCACCGCCGACGACGUCCUGUUCUCCUACGAGCGCGCCUCCUCGGAAGCCGCCGACACCGCAUCGUGGUUCGCGCCCGUCUCCGACGUCACGGUCGUCGACGAUUUCACCAUCGACUUUCUGACCAUUGCGCCCAAUCCGAUCUUCCCGGAUUCGAUCGCCAACUUCAUGAUCAUGGACAAGGGCUGGGCCGAGGCCAACGGCGUCGAACUGCCCGCCAAGGACGCCGAGAACUUCGCAACGCUCAACGCCAACGGCACCGCCGCCUUCCGCCUUGCCGAGCGCCAGCCGGGCCUGACGACCGUGCUCGAACCGUUCGAGGGCUGGUGGGGCGAGGUCGAACACAACAUCACCCGCGCCGAAUUCACCCCGGUGCAGAACUCCGCGACCGCCGUUGCCGCGCUCCUGUCGGGCGAAGUGGACAUGAUAAAUCCGGUUCCCGUGCAGGAUGCCGGCCGCGUCGCCGAGCGCGACGGGGUUGGCGUGAUCACCGGCAUCGAGGCGCGCGUGAUCAUGUUCGGCUUCGCCCACCAGGCCGAAACGAUCAAAUAUUCGGACGAUGCCGGCGAACCCAACCCGUUUCGCGACGCCCGCGUGCGCAAGGCCGUCGCCCACGCGAUCAAUGUCGAUGCGAUCCUGCAGACCAUCAUGCGCGGUGCCGCCGAGCCGGCCUCGCAACUGGUCAGCCCGGCCAUGCGCGGCUAUACGCCGGCGCUCGCCGAACGGCCGGCCUACGAUCCCGAUGCGGCCCGGGCGCUGCUGGCCGAAGCCGGACAUCCGGACGGUUUCUCGUUCGGUCUCAAAUGCCCCAACGACCGUUAUCUGAACGAUGAAUCGGUGUGUCAGGCCGCCGUCUCGAUGCUGGCGCAGAUCGGCCUGCGCGCCGAACUCGACGCCAUGCCGGUGCGCACCUACUGGCCCGAACUGCGCGAAGACAAUUUCGACAUGUACCUGCUCGGCUGGUCGCCGGGCACGUUCGACGCCGAACACCCGAUCCGCUUCCUUGCCGCCACGCCCAACGAGGAAAAACGCCUCGGCAGCUGGAAUUUCGGGGACUUUUCCAACGCGCGCGUUGACGAAUUGCUGCCGAUGAUUCAAUCGGAGAUCGACGAUGCCGCGCGGCAGACCAUGCUCGAUGAGGUGGCCGGGAUCCUGCAGGACGAACAGGCCUAUGUGCCGCUCUACGUCCAGCCGCUGAUCUGGGGCGUGCGCGACGGCAUCGAACUGACCCAGAGGCCCGACAAUUUCUUCAUCCUGCGCUGGGAACGCACCAUCGAGGACAUUGACCGGGUCCGCUCGGAACUGGGGCUCGACCAGCCCUUUCCGGUCCAGUAUUUCCGCUUCCUGCAGGGCGUAACGCAGGGCAAUUUCGGCGUCUCGUUCCGCCAGGGCCGGCCCGUCGCCGACAUUCUGGCCGAACGCGCGCCCGCCACGCUGGAACUGGCCGCGGUCUCGGCGCUGUUUGCCAUCGUUCUGGGCAUCACGCUUGGGGUCUAUACGGCGAUCCGGCGCGAUGGCUGGCUGUCCAACUUCAUCAUGACGUCAUCGCUGAUCGGGGUCUCGCUGCCAACCUUCCUCAUAGGCAUAUUGCUGAUCUAUGUGUUUGCGGUCGAACUGGGCUGGCUGCCCAGUUUCGGCCGCGGCGAGACGGUGCAGAUCGGCUGGUGGACCACGGGGCUUCUGACCGAGUCCGGCCUCAAGGCCAUCAUCCUGCCGGCGAUCACGCUCGGCCUCUACCAGAUGACGCUGAUCAUGCGGCUGGUGCGCGCCGAGAUGCUCGAAGUGCUGCGCUCGGACUAUGUCAAGUUCGCCCGCGCGCGCGGCCUCUCCCAGCGUUCGGUCUAUUUCCGCCACGCGCUGAAGAACACGCUGGUGCCGGUCAUCACGAUCACCGGCCUGCAGCUCGGCUCGAUCAUCGCCUUCGCGAUCAUCACCGAGACGGUGUUCCAGUGGCCCGGCGUCGGGCUUUUGUUCAUCAACUCGAUCCAGUUCGUCGAUAUCCCGGUCAUGGCCUCGUACCUGAUGCUGAUCUCGGUGAUGUUCGUCGUCAUCAAUCUGAUCGUUGGCACUGACAUGGAAGCGAUUGCCCGCGCCCUCGACUCCGAUCUGGCCUACCGGUUCCGCCGCUCGCCCGUUGCGAUGGUGGCCGCGCUCGUCGUCGUCCUUUUGAUCGGCAGUUCGGUCUUUGCGCCGCUGAUCACCUCGCAGAACCCGUUCGAUCCCGGUUCGCUCAACCUGAUGAACGGCUUCUCCGAGCCGAUGCAGCCCAACCAGUUCACCGGCGAGACCUUCGUUCUGGGCACCGACGACCAGGGCCGCGACGUGUUCGCGACCAUCCUUUAUGGCAUGCGGAUUUCGCUGUUCGUUGGCUUUUCGGCGGUGAUCUUCGCGAUGGUCCUGGGCGUCACGCUCGGCCUGCUCUCGGGCUAUGUCGGCGGGCGCACCGACACGAUCAUCAUGCGCAUUGCCGACAUCCAGCUCACCUUCCCCGCCAUUCUGGUCGCGCUUUUGAUCUUCGGGGUCGCCAAGGGGAUCACCCCGCCCGACCGGCGCGACGAGGUGGCGAUCUGGGUGCUGAUCAUCGCCAUCGGCCUGUCCGAAUGGGUGCAGUUCGCCCGCGUCGUGCGCGGCGCGACGCUGGUCGAAAAGAGCAAGGAGUAUGUGCAGGCCGCCCGGCUGAUCGGCCGUUCGCCGGUCGCCAUCAUGGUGCGCCACAUUUUGCCCAACACGCUGUCGCCUGUCCUCGUCAUCGCCACCAUCUCGCUGGCGCUGGCGAUCAUUGCCGAAGCGACCCUGUCGUUUCUGGGCGUCGGCGCGCCGCCCACCCAGCCCUCGCUCGGCACGCUGAUCCGCAUCGGUCAGGAAUUCCUGUUCUCGGGCGAAUGGUGGAUCCUGUUCUUCCCCGCCAUGACGCUUCUCGCCCUCGCUUUGUCGGUGACCGCCAUGGAUGACGUGCUUCUUUCCGUGCGCGAUCUGGUCGUGCAGUUUCCCACCCGCGGCGGCAUCCUGACCGCGCUCGACGGCAUCUCGUUUGAUAUCAAGCGCGGCGAGGUGCUCGGCGUCGUCGGCGAAUCGGGCGCCGGCAAGUCGAUGACGGGCGCCGCCAUCAUCGGCCUGAUCGAGCCGCCGGGACGCAUCGCCGGCGGCCAGAUCCAUCUCGACGGCGAGCGCAUCGACAAUCUGUCGAUGGACGAUAUGCGCGCCAUCCGCGGCCGACGCAUCGCCAUGGUCUUCCAGGACCCGCUGACUUCGCUCAACCCGCUCUUCACCAUCGCCGAGCAGCUCGUCGAGACGAUCCAGACCCAUAUGGCCGUUUCGGCCAGGGAGGCACGCGAGCGGUCGAUAGCACUUCUCGACGAUGUCGGCAUUCCCGCCGCCAGCCGCCGCAUCGACGACUAUCCGCACCAGUUUUCGGGCGGCAUGCGCCAGCGCGUGGUGAUCGCUCUCGCCCUUGCCGCCGAACCCGAUCUCGUCAUCGCGGACGAGCCGACCACCGCGCUCGACGUGUCGGUGCAGGCGCAGAUCAUCGACGUGCUCAAGCGCCUGUGCUCGGAGCGCGGCGCCUCGGUCAUGCUGAUCACCCAUGACAUGGGCGUCAUCGCCGAGACGGCCGACCGCGUGGCCGUGCUCUAUGCCGGCCGGCUCGCCGAGAUCGGCCCGGUGCGCGACGUGAUCAAGGACGCGCUGCAUCCCUACACGCACGGGCUGAUGGGCUCGAUCCCGACGCUGGCGCAGGAGGACGACCGGCUGGUGCAGAUCCCCGGCUCGAUGCCGCGCCUGACCGAUAUCCCGCAGGGCUGCGCCUUCAACCCGCGCUGCGACCGCGUCUUCGACCGCUGCCGCAUCGAGCGCCCCGAACCGAUCCCGCACGGCACGCGGCAGGUAAAGAACCUCACCCGCACCUUCGAUGUGUCCCUGCCCUGGCUCAACCGCAUCAUCGAGCGACAGGAGCGCCAGUUCCUGCGCGCCGUCGACGAUGUGAGCUUCGAGAUCCGGCGCGGCGAGACUUUCGCACUCGUCGGCGAAAGCGGCUCGGGAAAAUCGACCAUCGCCAAGAUGGUCGUCGGUCUGCUCAAGGCGUCCGACGGCGAAAUACACUUCGAUGGCACGCCCAUGGACGUCAAUUCGAGCGCGGCGAUGACGCAACUGCGCUCGCGCUUCCAGAUGAUCUUCCAGAGCCCGUUUGCCAGCCUCAACCCGCGCUGGCGCGUGCGCGACGUGAUCGCCGAGCCGAUGAAGGCGUUCGGCACCGUCGACGGCAAGGCCGCCAUCGACAAGCGUGUCGACGAACUGCUCGAUCUGGUCGGGCUUGGCGCGUCCGAUGCCGGCAAGUUUCCGCACGAAUUCUCGGGGGGCCAGCGCCAGCGCAUCGCCAUCGCGCGCGCGCUGUCGUCGAACCCCGAAUUCAUCGUCUGCGACGAGCCCACUUCGGCGCUCGACGUGUCGGUGCAGGCGCAGAUCCUCAACCUGAUGCGCGACCUUCAGGACGAGUUGGGCCUUACAUAUCUGUUCAUCAGCCAUGAUCUGUCGGUGGUGCGCCACAUGGCCAACCGGAUCGGCGUUCUUUAUCUCGGUGCGCUGGUCGAAACCGCAGACGGCAAGGAACUGUUCAACGCGCCGCGCCAUCCCUAUACGCGCAUGCUGCUCGAGGCUGUGCCUGAUCUCGACAUGACCGGCAAGGAGCACACCGUCGUCAAGGGCGAGAUUCCGAACCCGAUCAGCCCGCCGCCGGGCUGCACCUUUCACCCGCGCUGCCAAUAUGUCGCCGAUCGCUGCCGCAGCGAGAUUCCGGUGCCGGUGCCCACGCCGACCGGCGAAGCCAAGUGCUUUGCGGUGGAAGAAGGACGGAUUUGA